AUGGACGAAGUUGAGGUAAGGGCGAAUUUACCAACCCAAAACACCAGUCAUGAGAAUGGUAAUGGUGUCUUUAGGUUCUUCGACCUACCUCUAGAACUCCGUAACGAGGUAUAUAGCUACUUGCUCGUGCAGCCAAAGCCAGUUCAGGUCGUACGACUAUAUUUUACCACUACGUGGCGGAAGCUCCAACGCCUUAAGGAAGAGGGGGCGCCCGAUUGCUGCGGCAAAAACUACAUAUGCGCACACUACGACGCGAAACUCCGCCCCUAUACCAACAUUCUUCGGGCUUGCAAACAAGCAAGUGAGGAAGCUCUAGAUAUCCUCUACGGACGCAACACGUUCCGAAUGGUUUUAGAGUCGCGUGAGAAGUUCCGGCGGUUGUUCGCGGUGGGCGAGAGAAACCUGCGCCGUGUUCGUUAUCUGAAGAUUGUGGCGGUGACUACGUAUUGGAUGUAUCAGGUAAUCUCACUCGAUGAGGAGAGAUAUUUCUUUCGCCCCGCUGCCGAGGAUGCGGUGUCUUGGAGUGCAUUAGUUGGCGGGUUGGCAUCGCUUGAGUGUGUGCUAAAGUUACCUAUUUCAAAUAGUCGCUACGGGUGGCUGAAGUGGGUCGGACAGUUAGAGACUGUGAUAGGGUUUAUAGGAGAACACGUUGACGAAGAGACAGAGGUUAUCGUCGAUGAUAAUUACUCCAUAUUUCUAUGCGAGGCGGUGGACCGGUCUUUCAUUAAGGGGUUUGAGAGGGUGAAGACGGCUGAGGGUGAUAGCUAUUACUGGAAGACACGAUUUGAUCCGGAGAAUGUCACCGGGCCGGUGGCUAGUGAUGAAGCUGCCCAGUGCUGGUUUGAAUAG